AUGUGGGACUGGGACGAUGACUCGACGGCGAACGUCGCGCUCGCGCUGACGUGGCUCGCGCUCGUGACGUGCAGCGCGCUCGUCGCGGCGCGACGGGACGUCGAGGCGGCGCGCGGCGCGGCGGCGCGAGGCAAGGACGGGAAGGGACUGAAGCGCGGACGAGCGCCGCACGCGUGGUUUCGACACUUUUACGUCGUCGGGUGCGCGGCGAACGCGCGCGAGCUGGCGAGGCUGUGGGCGAGAGGCGCGGCGACGGGACGGGCGGACGCGCGCGCGGCGGUCGUCGCGGCGACGCUGUUUCAGGCGCACUGUUUGAGGAGAUUGUACGAGAGCGCGCGCGUGAGCACGUACGGAGACGACGCGACGAUGCACGCGAUCGUGUACGCGGGCGGGUUGGCGUAUUACGUGUGCGCGCCGAAGACGUGGGCGGCGUACGACUGCGGCGACGCGGCGAAGACGACGCUCGAGCCGCUCGAGACGCUCGCGGCGACGGCGCUCGGCGCGCUCGGCGUCGCGCUGUUCGCGCUCGGAAAUUAUCGGCAGUACGAGUGUCACGUCAUACUCGCGCGUUUGCGCGAACCGAGCGCGCCGUCCUCGAGCGCGCGCGACGCCGACGCCGACGUCGCGCGCCGCUCGCGAUACUUUAUCCCGCGCGGCGGUUGGUUCGAGCGCGUCUCCUGCGCGCACUACCUCGCCGAGAUCGUCCUUUACCUCGGUCUCGCGCUCAUCGUCGUUCCCACCGACGUCUUCCUCGGCAAGCUCUCCGUCUCCGCGCGUCCGUCGGUGUCGUCGGUAUCGCGCGCGUCGUCGUCGUCCGCCGUCGUCGCCGCGCGCGUCCCGCGUCUCGCCCCGCUCGCCCUGCUCGCCGCCGUCGUCGCCAACCUCGCGUGCGUCGCGUCUUCGCACCACGCGUGGUAUUUAAAAACCUUCGGCGACGCGUACCCGCGCGAUCGAGGCGCGCUGUUCCCGCGUCGGCGCGGAUAG